AUGAUACUUGGAUAUCCACCGUAUGGAAAAGCGAACCGAGCGUACCAACCGUACCAGCACCGCGGUGACAGCAGCGACGGGGAAUGUGACGAAGACACUGCCGAGUUCCAGCCCAACCGUCACCAGCACAGCUUACAACACCAGUAUCACCGGCAUCGCAGGCCUAACCACACUUACCAGCAGCCCGGUGCACUUCUCAACACCGACACCAGUGGCACGUCCGGAAACUGUUCGGACGCGACGCUAACGGAUUCGGAACUAGCGUUCACCAGGGACGCUACUUUGCAGCUGCACGACGGUGGUUGUCUGCUAAACGAUUCUUUGAGAAAUCCACCAGAUGUGCCACCGAGAAAUCCCGGCACGAUGAGUAGGUUGAACGGUCGGCUAAAGGGUUCCGGACAGGGAUCCAAUGCCGGCACGAUGGUACAUCUUGCAGGAGACCAUCAACACCCGAUGGACUUAGACUUUGAACCAUCCAAUUGUGUCAUAAGAACUGCUUCCGGGUCCGUUUACAUACAGCCGGACAUGACGAAAAGUGUGUUGGACUACAAGAAUACGUCAUCAUGCAGUAGUCCUUCUAAGACUGAUAUUCAUAAAUCAUCGGAAAGGUGCUCUUUAGGUUACGGUGUAGGCAUGCCGGUACUACCAGUCAGGAAUAACCUGAGACGACCAAAUUCUUCUCAUCAUUUUUCAUCCGCGUCCCGGUUCCAGUUCCAAAAAGGUUUCGCUUCCCGGUGUUCAUGGAAGUGCACGUCAAUAGUGUUAAUAAUUGUGUGCUUAUUGAUGGCUGUUGCAUUAACUUAUAUCACGUCAUCAAACCUUUUGCGGUUAUCGUACCAAGGUCCAGCAUCGUGUUCGGUGCUGGUCGAUGAGAAUGGUGGAAACGGUGACUCACUGGCCAUGCCGAAAUCGCUGAACCACACGAAAACUUCGGAAAAUACAGGUAGGUUGCGUCCACGAGACCUAGAAACCCGCGCACGUAGUAAACGUAGUUUGGAACGACAACGUCAAAAUCACCGACCACUGGACUUGCUUGACGGCGGUGAUGGUGACGUUGGAGCUAACGGUGAUGGUACGGUAGUUGAGCAUGAUAACCCGGUAAAAGAUAGUUUAUCCUCUCGCACGCUUUACGCACGUACUAACAGAGCUUUGCCCCAAAUGUACGACGCCACGAUGGAGGUGAAGUCUUCGUCGUCCAAACGGCUACCGCCGACCCGUAAACAUCGGAAGCGGCAGGCUUCUGACAUGAUUGUGUACCGGAAGGAAUCCGAUGACGAUUACGACGGCAAUAUCAUGGCUGGAAGCGUGGAUAUCGUGCCGUUGGAUUCCGAACACCGCAUCCGGGUAAAUCUGACGAUAGCGUCUGACGAUGACUCAGCUGGAAGUCCGAUGUACGCCUUGUCCCUGUCGUUGCCCAGAGCCGAUCAGGUUGAACCUGUAAGAGUCCCUGCUGCCGUCGCAAAUCCACCGAACUCUGUGCCGCCAUUGCUGCAAUCGCCCGGCGCAGAGUGUGAUUGUUUCUGUCCGUGUCUCGGUCAAGACGACGACGACGACAACGACGAUGGAGAUAGGACGGUCACGGCUAAUAUCGUACCGACAAUUUCUUCGACAUUCUCACCGAUCGGUAACACGACGACCGACACGAUUUGGAGUACAGAGUAUUCCACAACCGAAUCUCCCGAACCGACCUUGGAUGUCGUUUCGUGUCCUCCUCCCGUUUUGCUGUUUUGUGACACAGGGUCAAAGUUAUUCCCCGUCAGGACGGCACCACCCGACGGUACUACUUUUGCGCAGAUAACAUUAGGCGAUAAAAUUGACGGAGAAAUACCGGCAUUCGGCUACUGGAAUGUCCAGUUUUAUCAUCCGAGGGCUGCCUACGUACGGUUCAACUAUGAUUUUCCGAGAGGCGCCAGCAUUGCCGUGUACGGCCGAAGGAACGCACUACCCACGCACACCCAGUACGAGAUAUUGGAGCUGCUCAAUGGCUUUCAAUCUCGACAGACCCGGUCCACACACCCGAUCAUCAAAAAGGAAGUUACACAUUAUCUGGAACCAGGUCACUGGUUUGUAUCGAUGUAUAAUGACGAUGGAGAUUUAACUACGUUGACGUUCUCAGCAUCAGUAUCUCAAGACAUGACUUUGAGCUGUCCUAAUGGAUGUAGUGGUAAAGGGGAAUGCAUGGUAGGCCAUUGUCAGUGCAACCCUGGAUUUAGCGGAGACGACUGCAGUGACAGUGUUUGUCCAGUAUUAUGCAGCCAAAGAGGCGAGUACAUCAAUGGUGAAUGCCAGUGCAACCCUGGAUGGAAAGGCAAAGAGUGUAACCUGAGACACGAUGAAUGUGAAGUGCCCGAUUGCAAUGGUCACGGUUACUGCACGAAUGGUAAAUGUAUUUGUGCACUUGGAUUCAAAGGGAAAUUUUGUUCAGAAGUGGACUGCCCAAAUCCAAAUUGUAGUGGCCAUGGGGUUUGUGUUGAGGGAACUUGUAUUUGCAAAAAAGGUUGGAAGGGCGUGAACUGUGAUGAAAUGGACAAAGAUGCACUACAAUGUCUGCCCGAUUGCUCGGGACAUGGAACAUUUGAUUUAGAAGCACAGACGUGUCAGUGUGAACCUAUGUGGUCUGGCGAAGAUUGUUCUAAAGAAUUGUGUGACUUGGACUGUGGUACACAUGGACAUUGUGUAGGUGAUACUUGUUCCUGUCAUUCUGGUUGGUCUGGUCAGUAUUGCAAUUUAAAACUAUGUGAUAACCGAUGCAAUGAGCACGGACAAUGCAAAAAUGGCACUUGUUUGUGCGUCACUGGUUGGAAUGGCAAACAUUGUACACUCGAAGGAUGCCCGAAUAGUUGUUCUGGACACGGGCAGUGUCGGGUAAACAGCGACAACGUAUGGCAAUGUAAAUGUUCCGACGGAUGGGAUGGUUUGGAUUGUAAUACUCAAUUAGAACGAGACUGUAACGAUAAUAUCGAUAAUGACAAAGAUGGUCUUAUGGACUGUGAAGAUCCGGAAUGUUGUUUAAACCAUUUGUGCCGCAGUAGUCAGCACUGCGUGUCAUCGCCAAAGCCCAUAGACAUACUCUUACGUAAACAACCUCCGGCAAUAACUGCAUCGUUUUUCGAACGAACGAAAUUUUUAAUCGAAGAAGGCAGUCUACAAAAUUAUGUUAGACCUGAUACAUUCAAUGAAAGCAUUUUCUGGAGUCACUUCAACACGAGCCGAUCGGCUGUUAUUCGUGGUCGAGUUGUUACGUCAACUGGAAUGGGAUUAAUGGGUGUUCGGGUUAGUACGAACAUUGCACCCGAAGGAUUCACAUUAACUCGUGAAGAUGGUUGGUUUGAUUUAUUGGUAAAUGGAGGAGGAGCUGUAACUUUGCAGUUUGGUAGAAGUCCAUUUAAAGCACAGACUCAAAUUGUAAACGUUCCUUGGAAUGAGAUCGUUAUUAUUGAGACAAUAGUGAUGUCACUAACUGAAGAUAAAGGUAUUCAGCUUAGCGGACAAGCUUGCAAGGCUCACGAUUAUGACCUUAUGAAACCCGUUGUAUUAGCAUCUUGGAAACACGGUUUUCAAGGAUCUUGGUCUGAUAAGAGUGCGGUUUUAGCUGAAUCUCAGGUCGUACAAGAAAGCUUCCAAAUUCCGGGAACAGGGUUAAAUUUGGUUUAUCAUAGCUCCAGAUCAGCUGGAUAUUUGUCUACAAUACAAUUACAACUCACACCCGAGACAAUUCCAUCAACUUUGAAAUUGAUUCACUUACGAAUAACUAUAGAAGGAAUACUUUUUGAAAAAACAUUCGAGGCUGAUCCUGUUAUAAAAUAUACGUACGCUUGGAACAGACUUAAUGUUUAUCGUCAAAACGUAUAUGGAGUCACAACAGCUUUGGUUAAGGUCGGAUAUGAAUAUACCGAUUGCCGGAAUAUUGUUUGGGACGUUCAGACAACCAAACUGAGUGGAAAUGAUAUGAGUAUAUCAGAAGUAGGCUCUUGGAAUCUAGAUAUUCACCAUCGCUACAAUUUUCACGAAGGCAUACUGCAAAAGGGCGAUGGAUCGAAUAUUUAUUUGAAACAAAAGCCUAGAAUUAUAUUGACUACUAUGGGUGAUGGACAUCAAAGACCAUUAGAUUGUAUAGACUGUGAUGGCGAUAAUGGCUUAAAACAGAGACUUUUGGCUCCAGUCGCAUUAGCUUCAGCCCCAGAUGGCUCUAUAUAUGUUGGCGAUUUUAAUCUGAUUCGACGUAUUAUGACAGAUGGCACAGUAAAAACCGUUGUCAGAUUAAAUGUUACGAGGGUGUCAUAUCGGUAUCAUAUCGCUGUUAGUCCUUUAGAUGGAUCAUUGUUUAUUUCUGACCCAGAGAGCCAUCAAAUUCUAAAAGUUAAGAACCCAAAUAACUUUUCCGAUCCAGAUCAUAACUUUGAACCAGCAGUUGGAUCGGGCGAACGUUGUCUACCGGGAGAUGAAGCGCAUUGUGGAGAUGGUGCAUUAGCUAGAGAUGCGAAAUUAGCGUACCCCAAAGGUGUUGCUAUAUCUUCAGACAACAUUUUAUACUUUGCCGAUGGGACAAACAUUCGGAUGGUGGACAAAGAUGGUUUAGUGUCAACUUUGAUUGGUAACCAUAUGCAUAAAUCACACUGGAAACCUAUACCUUGUGAAGGGACUUUAAACACAGGAGAAGUGCAUCUAAGGUGGCCAACCGAUCUUAGUAUCAACCCCUUAGAUAAUACUUUACACAUUAUCGACGACCACAUGGUACUGAAAUUGACCACAGACAACAGGUUGAAAGUUAUUGCCGGCCGUCCAAUGCACUGCCCACCCGUUGGACGUACAGGUCUAAAUACUGAUCAGGAAUUAGCUAUACAAACCGCAUUAGUUAUGCCUCAGAGUAUUGCUUUUGCACCUAAUGGCAAUAUGUAUGUCGCUGAAUCGGAUUCACAGAGAACAAAUAGGAUUAGAGUUAUAAGUACUGAAGGUAAGAUUUCACGUUUCGCCGGUACAGAGUCGAAAUGUAAUUGUUUGGACCGUGGGUGUGACUGCUAUGAAGAAGACCAUUAUUUAGCAGCAACUGCAAAGUUUAAUACAAUUUCGUCAAUCUCUGUAUCUCCCGACGGUGUAGUCCAUGUAGCAGAUCAAGCAAAUUACAGAAUAAGAUCUAUUAUGUCGAGGUCUCCAGAAGCGACAGCUACACGCGAAUACGAAGUUUACUCACCAACCACUCAAGAACUUUAUGUGUUCAACCGUUUUGGUCAACAUAUCACAACUCGUAAUAUUCUUACCGGAGAGACUAGUUAUCAAUUCACUUACAAUCAAUUCACCAGUAGUGGAAAACUAAGUUCUGUUACCGAUGCAGCUGGCAAUAAAGUGUUCUUAUUAAGAGAUCAUGCACAGCAAGUCAAUUCAAUCGAAAAUACUAAAGGCCAAAAAUGUAGACUACGCAUGUCUCGUAUGAAACUAUUAACGGAGGUUAACACUCCCGAUAAUUAUAAUAUAACUUUUGAUUAUUACGGACCGUCUGGUUUAUUAAGAUCAAAGUUAGAUUCAGCUGGUAGGGGUUAUGUGUACACAUACGAUGAUUUCGGACGAUUAAUUGGUGCUGUUACGCCUACUGGAAAACUCAUUAGAUUGGCAUUUGACUUGAGCGUAAAAGGAGCAACUGUAAUGGUAUACAACGACGAUAGUCAACCAAUAACAAUGUUGAUUAAGGGAACGUCUGUAGAAACCAAAUUAGGUGGUUCAGAGGAACAUACAUCAAUAACUAGUGAAGGUGAUAUUGUAUCGGAGACGUCUUGGGGAAAUCGAGUGACAAUUGAGUCGGUUCCUUAUGCUGUACUGAUGGAAGCAAACUCAGUAUUAGUUGAGAGUUACCCUGUGCCAGGAAAAUUAAAAACUGAAAUAGGAUCUGAAUUGGCCAAUAGGUUUGAAUGGAGAUACUAUUUAAGAGGACAAUCGGGAGGCAAAUUGAAACCUGGUGAAGCUAAAUCUGUUGCACAAGUGGGUAAAAAAUUACGAAUCAACGGUGAAAAUAUCGUAUCCCUUGAGUUUGACCGAGAUAGUGGGACCGUGGCAGCAUUUAUUGACGAACACAUUGAACUAAUAAAUAUAACCUACGAUAUCGCUGGAAGACCAUUUAGAUGGGGACCUAGGAACAAAAUAUAUUCAGAAGUGGAGUUGACAUAUGAUCGUUUUAGUAGACUUAGUGUAUGGCGUUGGGGUGACCUUAAAGAAAUGUAUGGUUAUGACAGAGCCGGUCGACUAGCUGAAAUUCGUUAUGCGGAUGGCAAAUCAACGCUUUACGUUUUCAAAGAUAUGUUUAGUAGUUUGCCGUUGAAAGUGACUACUCCUAGAGGAAGUGAUUACCUCUUGCAAUACGACGAAUCUGGUGCUCUUCAGUCACUAACAACUCCUAGAGGACACAUACACGCUUUUUCGAUACAAACUUCAUUAGGUUUCUAUAAGUACCAAUAUCAUUCACCAGUAAGCCCACACCCAUAUGAAUUAAGAUACGAUGACAACACGAAUAUUUUGGCGAAAAUUUAUCCACAUCAAUCCGGCCGUGUAUCUUACUUAUACGACCAACAUGGAAACAUUGAAAUAAUAUUAGCUGGACUGUUAUCCAUACACUAUACCUAUCAAGUCAAUACAAAUUUGGUAAAAAAUAUUAAUGUAGUCGAACCUGGUUUUGAGUUAAAACAUGAAAUUCGUUAUCAUCUGGGUAUGAUCAAGGACGAACGUUAUUUGUUUAGUGCAAAAUGUGGAUUGCAUAAUACACAUUUGAAAUACCAAACAGAUGGAAAUGCACGCGUAACUUCUAUUGAUGUUACUAUCGGUAGCAAAGAACUUUCCCAGUUAAAACUAAAAUAUAAUCAAAAUAUUGGGACACUAGAAAGCAUAAGUGACUUGAGAAUUUACAAAAAUACUUUUAAUAAAACUGUCAUACACGACACCGCCAAACAAUUCUUCUCUAUAUCUGAAUAUGACAAUCAUGGUCGUUUGAAGUCUAUAAUGACCAACAUUAAGUCUAUGGAUGUGUAUAGAAUGGAAUUAGAAUAUGACGUCAGAAAUAGAAUUUCGUCUCAAAAGAUUACUCUGGGCAGAACAAAAAUCCAAAAUACAAUGACUUAUAGCGCUGAUGGUCAUUUGUUUGAAGUGGCUGGUAGUAGUGACUGGAAGUAUAUCUACGAUGAAAAUGGCAACAUUAUUGGUGUCAUGGACUACGGUCAAAAAUUGACAUUGGGUUAUGAUGUCGGUGAUAGAGUGGUUCAGGUAGCUGACGUUCAACUUUAUAGUUAUGAUACUCGUGGUUUUGUAUCAAAACGAGGAGAAACUCACUUAAACUAUAACGACAUGGGAUUACUCAGCGAUGCUACUGAAAGUGACCGUUUUAGUGUUUCUUAUUACUACGAUCACAAAAAUCGGUUAUUAGGUAUCAGGAACGCUGGUGAAAACGUAACUCAGUUCCUUUAUACCGACCCUCAACGGCCUAAUUUAGUAAUGGCUAUACACUACCCAAGUACAGGAAGAACUUUCCAUUACUUGUAUGACGAUCGUAACACUUUGAUUGCAAUUGAUUCACCUGAACAAAGAUUCUUUGUUGCGACCGAUCAAAAUGGCUCUCCAUUAGCUGUCUUCGAUGUUUCUGGAAACAUAAUUAAAGAGAUCACAAGAACGCCAUUUGGUGGGCUCAGAAAAGAUAGCCAUCCGGACUUAUACAUUCCAAUCGACUUCCAUGGUGGAAUUUUGGACCCGCAUACUAGGCUGAUUUAUCUUGAUAAAAAGUGGUACGACCCUUCUGUCGGGCAAUGGAUCACUCCUGACUGGGAACGGUUAUCGUCAAGACUUAGCUAUCCUACAGAUAUCUUUAUCUAUAGAUUCCAAAAUAAUGAUCCUAUCAGUUCGAGUAGCGCUCAAAAUAUUAAUUAUAUGACAGACUUGAACAGUUGGUUGAAACUUUAUGGUUAUGAUAUUGGAAACAUGAUCGGAUCGUCUUACACCAGAACUCAACUGCAUCAACCAAGUGCAAAGGUGUCUUCCCCACAACUUACUCCUCAAUUUAAUGUCGUAUCUGGACUUCAGUGUAUUGUGGAAAAGGAAAUGGCACUGUUUGGUGAAUUUGGAUUCAUUCCCGAGCCACUGUUGAAGAUGGAAACCCAGACGAGAAACCUGUUGCCUAGAGUGGCAUUCCAGAGAUCCAUAUUUGGCGAGGGCGUGUUGGUAUCUCGUAGCAACGAAGGUCUAGCGUUGAUAUCUGUAGUGGACGGUGACAACAGCGUCGUACAAGAUGUCGUCAUGUCUGUGUUCAACGGGUCGUAUUUCUUGGACUUACACUUCGAACAACACGACAAGGACCUUUUCUAUUUCGUCAAGGACAACGCGUUGAAGCAGAACGAUGACAUGGAAGAGCUGAAACGGCUGGGUGGCAUGUUUAAUGUGACCACACACGAGACGGCAGAUGGUAAGGAGCUGAGACUUUUGAGCGCCGAGGCUCUGAUAUCGAUUCGGUACGGUACGGACCCGCAACAGGAGCGUCACCGGUUGCUCAAGCAUGCGCACAAGCGAGCGGUGGAGCGGGCAUGGGAAUCGGAGCGUUCGCUGGUGGCAGCCGGGUCAAGGGGUGCCAGGGCCGAAUGGAAUGCCGAAGAGCGGGAGGAGCUGGUAAACCGUGGCCGGGUGGACGGUUACGAGGGAGUAGUCAUACAUGACGUCAGUGGCCACCGGCCGCAGCUAGCCGAUGACCCCGGAAACGUAAGGUUCCAGAAGUCGCCAAACCGGAAGAAGCGAAACAGGCGGACGCAUUACAAAAAGACCACCAAGGACGAAUGA